AACGUGAACAGACCGCUUGUGUUUGAACAGGUAGCUAGCUAGAAGACGACUGAAAACUAAGAAAGGAUUAUGUUUACAAUCCAACCGGGGACCUCACAAGGAGAUUCCACAGGUGACCUCACAAGGAGAUUCCACAGGUGACCUCACAAGGAGAUUCCACAGGUGACCUCACAAGGAGAUUCCACAGGUGACCUCACAAGGAGAUUCCACAGGUGACCUCACAAGGAGAUUCCACAGGUGACCUCACAAGGAGAUUCCACAGGUGACCUCACAAGGAGAUUCCACAGGGGACCUCACAAGGAGAUUCCACAGGGGACCUCACAGGGGACCUCACAAGGAGAUUCCACAGGGGACCUCACAAGGAGAUUCCACAGGGGACCUCACAAAGAGAUUCCACAGGGGACCUCACAAAGAGAUUCCACAGGGGACCUCACAAGGAGAUUCUACAGGGGACCUCACAAGGAGAUUCCACAGGUGACCUCACAAGGAGAUUCCACAGGGGACCUCACAAGGAGAUUCCACAGGUGACCUCACAAGGAGAUUCCACAGGGGACCUCACAAGGAGAUUCCACAGGGGACCUCACAAGGAGAUUCCACAGGUGACCUCACAAGGAGAUUCCACAGGGGACCUCACAAGGAGAUUCCACAAGGAGAUUCCACAGGUGACCUCACAAGGAGAUUCCACAGGGGACCUCACAAGGAUAUUCCACAGGUGACCUCACAAGGAGAUUCCACAAGGGACCUCACAAGGAGAUUCCACAAGGGACCUCACAAGGAGAUUCCACAGGGGACCUCACAAGGAGAUUCCACAGGGGACCUCACAAGGAGAUUCCACAGGGGACCUCACAAGGAGAUUCCACAGGGGACCUCACAAGGAGAUUCCACAGGGGACCUCACAAGGAGAUUCCACUGCUCUCGUGACAGGAAGAAGAUCUGGUGUUAUGACAACUCCAGAUAUGAGUUCUCUAUUUUUUUACUUAACCAACAAUGCAGUUUUAAGAAAAACGAGUGUCAAGGGCUUGUCAGUAAGCAUUUCACUGUAAGGUUUCAACACAUGUUGUAUUUGGCACAUGUGAAAAUAUAACAUUUGAUUUGACACAGGAGAGAGACACCUCACACUUGUUGCAGCUCCAUUCAAUAACCAGUUGUUAUUGCUCCCUUUUACCAAGAAACGUUCAAACUCUGCGGGGACAAAAUGAAUCGAGAGGAGGGAGUGUUGAUGGAUGAAAUCGAGAAGAGUUUAUGGAAUUUGACUGAGGCCAAUUUACGUUACCUGUGUGAACAUCAUGGACAUGAUGGAUCUGAACUUAAAGCAAUGGAUCACCGCUCGUUGCGGCGUAAAGUCAUGGAGGAAAUGUGGGACAAUACGGACUCAAUGAAAUCAGAGGAGCAGGGAAUGUCUUGGUUAGUCCAACUGAAAGAGGACAUCCAAAGGAUACUGGAGGAUGCUAGCAGUGCACCCUCGAGUCCCCUCCAGGCUGAGGAUGCUGUAGACUGUGAUGAAGAGUGGAGCAGAGAGGGAGGGGCUGGGUUACCUAGCGACGGGUUGGAGGCGGAGUCCAUGAGUCCCAGACAAUCCAACGACGCUGCAGACUGCGACGUGGAGGACAAGGAUUGGUUACCUAGCAACAGACUGGAGGCGGAGUUAUCUCCAGAAAGGCACACACUAGAGCAAAGAGUGAGAGGCGACACGUCUCUCCCGCCCCCCUCCACUCUCCUGAAGAACCUGUGUCGUGCUUCUCCAAGUACCGCCUUAAUUUGGGGUCUGAAGAGGGUGUCUGUGCAGCUGAUGGACUGCAGGAAAACACCGGGGCAGAAAACCUCCAAGAAAACCCACUCCUGUCCUCAAGGCGGGAAGAGUUUUGCCACAAAAGACAUUCUGGAGCGACAUCUGCUAACUCACACUGGAGAGAAACAGAAAAAUAUAUGCGCUGAAUGUGGAAAAGUAUUCAGUACAUUUUCCAGCCUUACCAGGCAUCUGAAAACUCACACUGGAGAGAAAUGUCAUGUUUCUGAAACCACAUGCUCUGAAUGCGAAAAGACAUUCAGUACACAUUCAAGUCUUAGGAGACAUCUGCUAACUCACACUGGAGAGAAACCGUACGUUUGUCCUCGUGGGAAGAAUUUCAAUGAUCCAGGCAACUUAAAGAAACACAUCUUUAGAACUCACUCAGGAGAACAUUUUGAAGAGGAACCUUCCGAAAACAAUGUUGGUUCCUCAGAACAUGAUGGGGCCGUGAAGAAACAAGUCCUUCAUCCAUGUGCUCACUGUGGUAAGAAGUUGUCAACCAAAACAAGACUAACGAUUCACCUGAAGACCCACACUGGAGAGAAACCUCAUGUCUGCCCCGACUGCGGGAAGAGCUUUGCUUUCCUUCCCUCCUUCACUAAACAUCAGAAACUUUGUCAUUCAGAGCACGGAGGAGUGAAACGGCACGAAUGUUCAGUGUGUGGGAAAGUCUUUAAUCAACCAGGAGCCUUGAGGUCCCAUCAAAGAACCCACACUGGAGAGAAACCCCACCUCUGCUCCGACUGUGGGAAGAGUUUCUGUUUUCGUUCGUCUCUGAGAAGACAUCAGGUACUCCACGCAGGAGACAGUGCGAAGCCCCACGUGUGCUCUGUCUGUGGGAAAGGCUUCAGAGAUUCUGGAUACUUAAAAAAACAUCAAUCCAUCCAUUCAGGAGAGAAACCUCACCUCUGCUCCAAUUGCGGAAAAACUUUCACGUCCUUCCUUAGCUUAACAAAUCAUUCCAAAUCACAUCGUCUAGAUGGAAACCAAUUCCAAUGCCCUGAAUGUAAGCGCCAUUUCCCAACAAAGGAAAGGCUGACAAGCCACCGGAGGACGCAUACUGGUGAAAAACCGUUCUGCUGCUCCCAAUGCCACAAGCGCUUCUCUCAUUCAAAUAGUUAUCAAAGGCACCUUCGUAUGCACUCCGGUGAAAAACCCUUUGUGUGUCCUCUCUGUGGGAAGCGAUUUAAUGACUCUUCAAACCUUAGAACACAUGUUAGAAGACAUAAAGGAGAAAAGGUAGGAAAGACACAGGUCUCUGAGCCUUGCCCUCACUGUGGGAAGAGGCUGGCUUCUAAGGCAGGGUUAGAGACCCACCUGCGGAUCCACACUGGAGAGAAACCUCACCUCUGUGCCAACUGCGGCAAGCGAUUUACCUUCCUCUCCGCCUUGAGAAGACAUCAGAAAACGCAGCACAGAGAGCAAGUAGCGAAGCCGCACGUCUGUUCUGUCUGUGGGAAAGGCUUUGUGGAGUCUGGAGCGCUGAAGAAACAUGUGGUGACCCACGAGGAGAAACAGCACCUUUGCUCCGAUUGCGGGAAGAGUUUUAGGGUACUUCAGGCCUUGUCGAUUCAUCAGAGAACCAAGCAUCAGAAAACAAAUGAGCAAGUAAGAGAAAACAAUUCAUACCUCUGUCUUACUUGCGGCCAGGAAUUCAAUUCGAAGCAUAGAUUGGUAAUCCACGAGAGAAAGCACACAGGAGAGAAACCUUACCAAUGCUCUCUGUGUGGCAGGUGCUUCGCUGAUAAGACUAACAUGAGACGUCACCAGACAGUGCACACAGGAGAGAAACCAUUCCAAUGCUCCGUCUGCGACAUGAAGUUCUCUCAAGUCGCCUCUUUAAUACGGCACCGGCUAAUACACUCGGGUCACAAACCGCACCACUGCACUUACUGCGACAAGAGUUUCUCUCAGUCGAACACGCUGAAAACGCACAUACUAACCCACACCGGAGAGAAACCGUACCAGUGCCCCGACUGUGGGAAGGGUUUCACUGAAAAGAAAGUCAUUAAGAAACACCAACGCGACACACACGGGACAGGAGCACACAGCAACACGCUGCUUUCUCAUAGAGAUUGAGUCAAGACCGGAGACCCAAAACUAGAAGGCACACGGGAGCGACAGCGCCCCUUAUUGUUUCAUUUUGAUCUGAAGGUUUGAGAAUGUUUUAAAAUAAACAUGUGCUUUUGAAAAUAA